ACAACCCCCCGGGCGGCCGGGCCGUCGGCGAGCCAGCCAGACGGCAGAAAUGCAGCAGCGCAAGCCCAAGGUCUGCGCCGCCGAGGGCGCGGCGCCGGAGAUCCCUGUGUCACAGGGCGGGGUGCCGUGCGACGGCUGGCCGGAGGCCGAGGGAGCUCGGCCGGAUCACUGGCCCCUGCCGCGCAAGAAGAGGCUGACCCUGGACAGGAGGCGGUGGAACACGGUGGUCAACGUCGUGCUCGUCGCCUUCGUCAUGGCCGUGCCGCCGUUCGUCGUCGUCUACGGCGGGGGCGGCGUCGCGCCCGCGGUUUGGAUCGCCGCCGCCAAGGCCCGGCUGCGCCGAGGUGAGUUCGACCAUGUUGCUGUCGCUCUCUUCUCAUGGUUGCCGCAGCUUUAG